UGAGUUCCCGUCCCAAGCCAUGGAAUGAAAUACUACUGCACGAACUAAGUACUCCAUGGAAAGAGUUGAAUUGUUGAUUGUGGAAUGAAAUAAAAUAUGGUGUGGGGUCCAUAGUGUUGACCAAGUGCUGCUCGUGGAACAAGGAGAGAUCCAUUUGUCUGGUAAUCAAUCACGCGUUUGAAAAAUUUCAGUGAAGAUUGUGUAAAAAUGUCAAGGAUUUAUGAUUUAUGGGAGAAAUUGGUCGGCGGUGUUCUCGACAGGGAGGAGCUCCGGCGACUUGCCCUUCGCUCCAGCUCCAGUUUAUCCGAUUACUCCUCGCGCUUCAGUUUCGGUUUCGGAGACAUACUAUUGCCCACUCCGAAUUUGAAGGUUUACAGUCUCAGUGAUUUGAAGUGUGCGACCAGGAGUUUCAGGUCUGGUAUUUCGGGAAUGGGAGGUUUUGGCACAGUGUAUAAGGGAUGGGUGGAUGAGAAGAGCCUGCAGCCUUCGAAACAGAGGACUGGGGAUGGUUGCGAUCAACAAGUUGAAUCCCCGGAGCAUGAAGGGCUUUCAAGAAUGGCCGGUAACUCGUACUCAUUCGUGUGUGUCAAUCUUGGAGUUUAUAUGGAGAGUGAGUCAGAGGUGAACUUUUUAGGAAGGUUGACGCAUCCCAACUUGGUUAAGCUCUUGGGAUACUGUUGGGAAGAUGGAGAAGAACUGCUGCUUGUCUACGAAUUUAUGCAGAACGGAAGCCUUGAAAGUUAUCUUUUUAGUCCAUGUGCUUUUACAAAUUCAUUGCCGUGGGAUAUAAGACUAAAAAUAGCGAUAGGAGCUGCAAAGGGACUGGCUUUUAUGAAUGCUUCGGACAGAAAUUAUCGAGACUUUAAGGCCUCAAACAUUCUUCUUGAUGGGAGUUUCAAUGCAAAAAUAUCGGAUUUGUGGUUAGCGGAACUGGAGCCUUGUGGAGGGAACGCAACACUCAAAAUACCGAUAGGAGCAGCAAAUGAAAUGGCUUUUCUGGACGCUUCAUACAGUAUUUAUCAAAGAACAGGACAUCUAAAGGAGAAGAGCGACGUGUAUGGGUUUGGCGUGGUGCUGCUCGAGCUGCUGACAGGCUCGAGAGGCCAUGACACGCAACGGGCACAGCAGAACCUGGUGGAUUGGAUGAAGCCCCUUCUCUCCCAGAAACGGAAACUGAAAACCAUCAUGGAUGCGCGACUACAAGGCCAGUAUUCGUCCAAGGCAGCAGCACAGGCUGCUCAACUCACCCUCAGAUGCUUGGAGCAAGAGCCCAGAAAGCGGCCUCCAAUGAAAGAGGUGGCUGAGAUCUUGGAACAGAUUGCAGCCAUGGAAAAACCGAGAGUGUCCAAUAUAAAAGAAGAACCGAAGAGGCCAAGAUAAUCCUCCGAAAGAGGCCUACGGUUGAUACCGUCCUAAUACACUUUAUUUUCCGAGAUAUUUAGCUCUUCUAAAGAUGAGCUAUUUAUAGGGAUCCUACGAACUCUAAUCUAGGAAAGUGAAUCAACCUAUACAAGGAAACAAAUCCUCAAUAUUUAAACUAAUCUUUCAACAAUCUCCAUAAUAAUGAAAAUAAUCUCAAGAGAUAAUGGAGAUCAUUAGCUUGAUCUCUAUCAUCGCAUCAAUCGAGAAGAUAGAUGAUCAAAGGUGAUGUAUCACUUAAGUGUAUAUGGUGUUUUUGCAUUUUAGUCACUCUUAACAAAAUGUUGCACUCCUUUUCCAAGGAAA